AUGUCCUACUACCCUCCUUAUUCCGGCGCGCCCGGUUACCCCCCGCGGCAGCAACCGUAUCCUCCUCAAAACUACCACAGUUCCCCGCCCCCAUAUCAACAAAUGCACCACCACCAUCAACAGCCGUCUUACGGCAGCGGCUAUCCCGGGCAGGCCUACCGUCAGCAGCAGAACCCUUACCCGCAAUACGGUCACCCUUCACCUCAACCGUACCCUCCACAGAAUGGUUACAGUCACCCAUCAUCGGGCUAUCCGCCUUCACCCGCUCCUCCAAAUGGCGGCCAGAUGUACCACGGACGGCAACCCUCAUACCCGCCAAAUCAAUACCCGCCUGCGCAUGGGGGCCCGACGGCUCCGCCAACCAACCCGCAGGCCUUUGGCCAUGGCGCACCUCAAGGAUAUAACUUCCAGUACUCCCGUUGCACAGGGAAAAGAAAGGCUCUCUUGAUUGGUAUCAACUAUUUCGGCCAAAAGGGUCAAUUGCGUGGAUGCAUCAACGAUGUGAAGAACAUGUCGACAUACCUUAACCAGAACUUUGGCUACGCCCGGGAGGACAUGGUGAUCUUGACUGACGACCAACAAAACCCCAUGAGCCAACCGACGAAGGCUAACAUUCUGCGCGCCAUGCACUGGCUGGUGAAAGAUGCACAACCCAAUGAUUCUCUCUUCUUCCAUUAUUCCGGACAUGGUGGUCAAACCCCCGAUUUGGACGGUGACGAAGACGACGGAUAUGACGAAGUUAUCUAUCCUGUUGAUUUCCGGGUAGCGGGUCACAUAGUCGACGAUGAAAUGCAUCGGAUCAUGGUGAAACCUCUUCAGCCUGGUGUGCGACUGACGGCAAUCUUCGACUCGUGUCAUUCAGGUUCUGCUCUGGAUUUGCCGUACAUCUACUCCACACAAGGUAUUCUGAAGGAACCCAACCUUGCAAAGGAAGCUGGUCAAGGGUUACUGGGCGUCAUAUCAUCGUACGCGCGCGGCGAUAUGGGAGGUAUGAUGUCAACAGCCGUCGGGUUCCUGAAGAAGGCUGCCAAGGGCGACGAAGCCUACCAGCGAACCAAGCAGACCAAGACCAGCCCGGCAGACGUUAUCAUGUGGUCAGGAAGCAAAGAUGACCAAACCAGCCAAGAUGCCCAAAUCGCCGGUCAGGCCACUGGUGCGAUGUCCUGGGCUUUCAUCACCGCCAUGCGCAAAAAUCCGCAGCAAAGCUAUGUGCAGCUGCUGAAUAGCAUCCGAGAUGAAUUGUCGACCAGAUAUACGCAGAAACCGCAGCUGAGCUCCAGCCACCCCUUGGAUGUGAACCUACUUUAUGUAAUGUAAUGGACUUGUGGAAGAAUAAGCUCCUGGCGUUUUAAUACAACAAUGUCGUUGACUCGAUCUGUCUUUGCCAUGAAUAUCCCAUUUUGCAUGUCUGUCUCAUUGUUACGGCGCGGUUAAAUUAUUGGG